AUGGCCAUCAUCAGAGCUCACAUCCCGGCUGGCCCAGAUGGCCAGACGCCGCAGCGCUUCUCCGCGAACAUCCUCUCCCGCGACCCACGUCCUCCACUCAGCUUCACUGACGACGGCCCCGGUAGACUUUCACUGCUCGGGCCACGGCACGACAACGAUCACGAUGACUUCCGGAAAAUCAAGAUCCUGCCGACCCAAGACGAAAUCCUCGCCAUUGACCGACCUGUCUAUAUGCCUAAGAAAGACCUCACCCAACAGCACUUUCUCGAAAAUGGUCCCGGCAGACAUCUAGACACCCUCUUCAGACAACUGAGGUGCGAUAGCACAGAAACGAUACGAGAUAUCUGCUACUCCGCGGCACAAGUCGCCUUCCUGAAGAUCGGCUCAAAUUCGGACGGCCAUGUGCGGCAGGAGACAAGCGCAGGCCAUCGGUAUUUUUUGUAUCGCAACAUCAGAGUCCAAGAACUACUCUCACAUGAGCACAAAUCUAUGGUGGUCCGCGUCAGCUAUGAUUGUCCCCCUUUCAUGAGAGGUCGGAAUCUGUAUGAAUCCGGUCGCUUUCAAAACGGCAUGCUCGUUGCCCUGCUUCAGUUGAAUAAUACGACGAUGGAGUUUUCGGUCUAUUAUAUGGAAGUCACCCUAGCUCAGACGACCUUCUCUAUGGAUGCCUUCAACGGUCGCGGAACUCAAGCUGCCGUCCAACUCAACUUCCUCCCAACAAGUAGCCAUGAUGACGUCCUACAACUCUGCCGUCACGCACUUGGACUGAAGAUGGACAAUGAGCUCUAUCUUGUAGAGUUCCCAAAGAUUCUCUUUGCCGGCGUUUACAACUGCCUCAAGUGUUUGCAGGACAUGAAAGAUUCAGAUUUCGCCUUUCCUCAGUAUGUCGCACCCCGGAUCUCUAUUCACGACGCUCUGCUCGCGCGGGAGCUGAAUUUCGCUGUCGGCUCACCAUCACGUUUCCCGUGCCUUCCGCCGUCCUAUGCACGCGCACCAGAGUUCAGGUACAAUCUUGAAAAGACUGUGGGACCUCAUUCUCCGAUCUCUUCGGUGUCUCUAGAAGACCUGUGCCGCCCGUCCACGCUCGAUAUCCUCAAACGCGAAACGACCUUAGAUGAAGGUCAAGCUGUCGCAUUCAGAGACAGUCUUAUGCGUGAUUUUGCUUGCACCCAGGGUCCACCGGGUUGUGGUAAAACCUAUCUGGGUCUCAAAGUGGCGCAGGCGGUCCUUGAAUCCCGACCAGUGCAAAAGCCUGUCCUGCUAGUCUGUCUUACAAACCAUGCUUUGGACAGCUUUCUUGCUGACCUUCGAGAUGCUGGGGUAUCUGGUCUCCUCCGGGUAGGAUCAGGCAGCAAGGAGGAAUGGACCAACAGCAUCAACCUCCGCGACCUGAGACGAAAGAUUCGAUUCAAGAGAGAGGAAUCGAAUGUGAUGCAGACUCAUACGCUGCAAAAGAAAGAGUCUAUUGCUGGCUUGGAUGAAUUAUGUAAAGCUGUUUCUUGUCAAUCUCAGACUGGCGCUGUCCCUUGGCAUUAUGUUCGAGACGUACUGUACAGCGACCAUCGGGAUGUGCACGCUCAAUUCACAACAACCGCCAAUGUCCCUUUAGCUCAAUCUUUCACGUUCGAAUACUGGUCUGCUGGGGGAGAUUUGACAACGAUUCGGGAUCUCCACCUCGAGUUGGCGAAUAGGCUUGCUCAAGCUUCCGCAAGUCGUGAUAAACGUCCCGCAGAGGACGUCGACAAGCUGCUUUUUGACCUGUCAUGGGAUGCUGAGCUACGGAGCUUUAAUGCUGGUCUUUCUAGCAUUUGGAACAUGCCACUGUCACAACGUCAGUCCUUGAUCAAGAGCUGGGAAAAGAAAGUUGAUAAAGAGGCUCUCGCACAAAAGAUGAUGUCGCUCUAUGUGGAGUCUCAACAUCACGAACAGGAAAUCAAGAGGAUCCGAAACGAGCGCGACGGCCGCAUCAUGGCAGCACACAACAUCGUCGCAAUGACAACGACUGCGUGUGCUGCCCGAUGGGAGGUGCUCCGAGCGCUCGACCUCCAGAUAGUCAUUUGCGAAGAAGCUGCAGAGAUCAUGGAGGCCCACACCUUGUGCUCGCUGUUGCCCUCCGUUGAACAUGCAGUCUUCAUUGGCGAUCCGCAGCAGCUGCGACCCGAAGCAAACGAGCAAAUGUUAAGCCUGGGGUCUAGCGUCGGGCGACAAUAUCGACUGGAUGAGUCUUUACUUGAGCGACUGAUGAUGCCUCAGGAUGUGUCCGCACACAGUAUACCAGCAAGCCAUUUGAGCAUCCAACGCCGCAUGCACCCUCAGAUCGCCGACAUCACUCGCCUGACGUAUCCUUAUCUGAAAGACCAUGAAUCCACACACGCACGGUCUCCGGUUCAUGGUCUAGCACAGCGCAUGUUCUGGUGGGACCACCGAAGCCCCGAACUUGAGGCGGACGAUCUGAAAUCGCAUGCCAAUCUCCAUGAAGUGGAAAUGGUAGCCUCCCUAGUUGAGUACCUCCUUUGCCGUGGCGCCUAUGAACAAGCGGAAAUAGCUGUCUUGACGCCAUACGCUGGCCAGCUCCUGAGAUUAUACAAGCGACUUGAAGCGACCUGCGACAUCUGGCUUUCUGACAAAGAUCGAGAAGCGAUGCUCGAAGAGGAGCUCCUCGCGCUUGGAGAGGAGGGCCGCACCACUAAAGACAAAGUUGUCAUGUCCAACAUGCUCAGGAUCGCGACGGUCGACAAUUUUCAAGGUCAAGAAGCUAAAGUGAUCAUCCUCAGUACUGUCCGCAGUGGUGGCAAGGCGGGAUUUCUGAAGAUUUUAAACAGAAUCAAUGUCGCUUGUAGCAGGGCUCGAAACGGUAAGUUCUUACGGUCCCCGGCAUAUUUUUCCGUGCCUCGAGCAUUGCCAGUGCUGUGGUUGUUUUCGUCAACACAGACUAAUAACAGUUAUUGA